AUGAACAUGACUGGAACAUACGAGUGGAAUCCACACAAUUGUACUUUUAAUGAGGACUUUAAUUAUAUUCUGCUUCCAGUUUCUUACGGGAUAGUAUUUGUGGUGGGACUUAUUCUCAAUGUUCUUGCAAUAUGGGUUUUUGUGUUUCGAAUGAGACCUUGGAACAUUACAACCACCUACAUGUUCAACCUAGCUCUUUCAGACACUAUGUAUGCAAUAUCAUUGCCUCUGCUAAUCUACUAUUAUGCCAAACACAAUGACUGGCCUUUUGGGGCAGCUUUGUGUAAAAUUGUCCGAUUCCUCUUUUAUACAAACUUGUAUUGCAGUAUCCUUUUUCUGACUUGUAUGAGCAUCUAUAGAUUCCUGGGGAUCUGCUUUCCAAUGCAGUCACUGAGAUGGUCAAACCUGCGAUAUACGCGAAUAGUAUGCAUUGUUGUUUGGGGAAUCGUGAUAGUAUUCCAGACACCAAUAUUUGUAUUUGUCGACAUAGAGGGUAUUGGUAACACUACCAUUUGCUACGAUACUGCAAACCAAAUCCAUUUCAAUCAGUUUGUGAUUUACAGUGCUAUACAGUUGGUGUUACUGUUUUGUGGUCCUUUCAUUGUGGUCAUGAUCUGUUAUGGAAUUACAGCUAAGAAACUCCUUCAUCCUGAUGGCAUACGCCCUGAAUAUGCCAAAUCCAGGAAAAAAUCGAUCAAGAUGAUUAUUACCGUACUCACUGUUUUUGUCUUGUGUUUCUUACCUUUCCACAUCACACGUUCCAUUUACUACUCCUCAAGAAGUCUUCAUGUGAGCUGCAGCACACUAGAUGCGAUUAAUGUAGCCUACAAACUGACUAGGCCCCUUGCAAGUGCAAAUAGUUGCCUUGAUCCAAUUCUUUAUGUUCUAGGUGGACAGACAUAUCGCAGUAAGCUAGCGCGUAAAGGUAAUGGCUUUGAAAAUAAGAACAAUGUUCCUUUAGCCAAGAAGACAAUUAGUGGAACAGACAUUACGCACUCUGUCUAUACUACAGAAAUUGGACUGGAGGAACUAAAGCAGACUGCUGUUGGAAGUAGCGGUGGCAUCUAAAAUGAUUGUUAGGCUUGAAUUUUAGG